AUAAAGUGUGAAAACUGUUUCAGACUGUGAGUGUGAUGGGGAACCCACAGCGGCAGGGCUACAGCUCACAAUAAAGCAAGAGUAUACAGCAAUACAACAUGAAGGGUAACACGUAUACAGAUGAACAUCAGAGAAUAAAAUUUGGAGAUAAAAUGUAGAUUUGAAGUAUGGUCAGAGUGUUGUGGAAAUGAUUGCACAGUUACAGCUGAACAUGAGCAUAUAAUGUUUGCAUGUGUGCAGAUAGUGAGGCCUUUAACCCACACAAAUUCAAAGUAAAUGAUGCUCAAAUGUGCUAAUCUUAUUAGCUUCUUUUCACCCCUCUGCUGUGGUUCUUUGGUGCUCAGUAAAACACGUAUGGAUACUUUUGAAAGCUGCAGCUUUGUGGCUUUUGGGUGAUGUUCAGUGCUGUUGCUUCCUGACUUUUUAGUGUGAACAAGUUCUGCAAAGUGACAAUCACUCUGUUCAAUUUGGCUGUUGCAGUAUUCAGCUUCAUCAUGACUGGACACCUGCUGUUUGUCAUCCUCAUGAUUUCCUCUCAUGAGUAUCAAGUCCAAGCUCUUCCUUCACCAACACUGACAGUGAGCACAGCAGUGAUCUCAGAGACAGACUCGGUCACGUUACACUGUCAGGCACCAGCAUCUGCCUCAGUUCAUCACUGUUAUUUUUAUACUGGGGAGCAACAAAGUAUCAGAGGCGACUCGUGUCUACAGACACUUACAGGAACUGAACUGCUGUUAAUGUCACAUCAGAGAUCACCUGCUGAGGUCAAAGUCAGAUGUUUUUACACAGUGGAGGACGGAUCUGUGAAUUCUCCUUCAGCGCACAGUCACCCAUCCUCCAUCAGCAUACAAACUCUUCUUCCACCAACACUGACAGUGAGCACAGCAGUGAUCUCAGAGACAGACUCAGUCACGUUACACUGUCAGGCACCAGCAUCUGCCUCAGUGUAUCACUGUUAUUUUUAUACUGGGGAGCAACAAAGUAACAAAGACCUCUCGUGUCUGCAGACACUGACAGCAACUAAAAUGCUGUUAAUCUCACAUCAGAGAUCACCUGCUGAGGUCAAAGUCAGAUGUUUGUACACUGUGAAUUAUGGAUCUGUGACUUCUACUUCACCACACAGUAACCCAUCCUCCAUCACCAUACAAAGUCAAAAACCAGAGAUGAGUGUUCAACAUUUUGAUGGGGAAUUUGUUCUCAUCAUGUGCUCUCUGCCUGGAUCUGUGAAAGAUGAUACAAGAUGUAAUCUGUACUUUGGAGAAGCAAGUCGUCCAUUCUUAAAUGAAGCUGUCUCGAAGGAAAGCAGCAGAAAAACCAAACAGAGGUCCUGCCGCUUUUAUGUCGCAGUUGCAGAUUUUUUGAGCCAUUUACAUUAUGUUCAACAAAAGGAUGCCAGCUGUGAUUACACUUUGGAAAGUGGACCUUACUCUUUGUCACCUCGCAGUGAUCGAUACAACAUGACAGAUAUUAUGAAGAAAGAAUCACCAACAACCAAAGUGUACUCACCAUGCACCAUGACCACAGCACUGAGUCUCAGCAAUCCCAGUGCUUCCAAUAAUACCACUCCUGUAACCCCACCAUCAGAAGUUCCAAAACUUCAAAACCCUACCUCACAAAAGAAAAAGAAAACAUCAGCAGCAUCAAGAGCGACCACCACAAAGUCAACAUCUACCACAACCACAGCAAAACCGCAGCAAGAUUCUUCCCCCUCUACCACUGUGAACUCACCGUCUAAGUCAGCAGAAUCAAGUCUCACGACAGCCAGUGCUUCCACUUCUACCAGUACUGUGGACUCACCAUCAGAAGAAGUCUCAAGAAAGAUAAACACAAAAUCAUCAUUUACCUUGACCACAGCAGAAUCGAGUCUCAGCAGUUUCAGUGCUUCCACUUCUACCACUUCUGUCAUCUCACCAUCAGGAACGGGGACACUGACUGUUGUGUUGGUCGUCGUUGGUUCUGGUGUAACUGUGGGUGCCAUCUUAUUGGUACUGGCACUUUUCAGAUCUAAAAGAAGAACGGAGGGAUAUUCUCUAAAGAGGACAAGAACCAACAUCCAAGAUGACUUUGUGUGCAUGACAAAUAUUGACACUGGAAGAAUGUUAACUGAAGGUGAUGAUGGAGCCUACAGUGUGAUCACUUCAAUACCCGGUGCCAGCUGUGCUACCGGUGCUGAGAAACUGAACAAACAAGAAAGGAAAGAGCAAGAUUCUGAUAUUUAUCAUCCAUACGCCACCAUCUCUGAGAAACCAGCUGCACCAGUCUCACAGGACAUGACCUACAUCAUGCUGCAGGCACAUUGAUGAUGCUUAUUAUUUUAUUUUCAGUAAUGUAAAUACCCACUGUUACUCUGUCAGUACUGGAAAUGUUUUCUGUUCCUUGAUCAAACUGUACUCUGCAGAAGCUGCAAGUUAAGAUUGUAACCGUGUUUUUGUUCUAAUCAAUGUUAGCACAACAUUUUGAAAUUGGAUAUUUUUUUGUAUUGUAAGACAUUAAACACAGUGACAUACUUAUAUUACAAACACAUGAUACUGAAUCAUCUAUGGACGCGAUACACACAACCAAAGAUCCCAGAGGGACUAAAAGAAAAGUAAUGCACAUUAUGUCAUUGCAUAAACAGUUAACUUAAUCAAAAUAGACUGGUAAUGGUGCUGCAGUGUUUAUUUCAAUUCAACCCAGUUUUGUUUAUAUAGCACAAAAGCACAACAACAGUUGCCUCAAUGUUAUCACUGUUACCUCAGAGCAUGAGGGUCCUGAAUCCAAACCACCAGCCAGCUGGUCUUUUGGAUGUUUGGAUGUUCUCACUGUGCUGGGUUGUUUCUCUCCAGGCUUCCUUCCAUACUUCAAAGACAUGCAUGGUGUUAGGUUAACUGGGGGAUCGAAAUUGGUCACACUGCAUAAAGGUUUUCCUGUCUUUAUCUGUUAGGGCCCCAUUAUAUCUGCCUUUCAUAUAUAUAAGACACUGUAGUCACUAUAUUUCUGCCUGGUUAAUGUCAAAUUGCCAUCUGUGUUUGGCUCAAAAUUUUUGCACAGCAUUUUUCCUGAAACUAUUUUUUCUUGUAUAUAUUGUAUAUAAGUGACCCUUUUUCACUUUUGUAUUUUAUUCUUUUAAAUAUUUGUUAGACACUGGCAGGAGGCUGCUUUUGUAUCUGGGUUAAGAACAGUAGGGGUUGUUUUUUUUUGUUUUUGUUGCUUUUGCUUUGACCAGAGCUGAGGGCCUAAAGUGGCCGUGGCUGGGCUGUAAUGGUGGAGGCUUUCUCUUCAGUGGUUUGUGUUUGUCAGUGCAGCCCUGGUUUGAACUGCACUGUAGUAACAGUGUGUGUAAAACUGAGAUGUACAUUCGAGGCAAAGUAAUUCCCUGGACCUCUGCUUACAGGAAAACCACAAUACUGAACUGGGAUUCAAACGUGUGUGAAUAUUUUUAAAAUUAUUAUUAGUAAAAUAACUUCUUAAGGUCUUAAUCAAGUAUAACUGUGUGUUAUUUGUACUGGUUUGAAAUAAAUAUUCUCUCUGUUAAAUUCC